AUGAACCUGUCAAAUGUUCCAGCCAACGUCCCAGAAGCAGACGCUGUAGCAGAUACCCUAGCCCGGGAAUGGAAGGAAGCAGAAGCAGCCCUGAGAAUGAGCAAAGAACAAAUGACCAGGAAUCAAGGAACCGUGCUGGAAUACUCAAUAGGCAAAAGGGUUUGGCUAGAUGGAAGAAAUGUAGAACUUAGGACCAAUUCUAACAAGCUAGACCCCAAGCAACUUGGUCCCUUCAGAGUCAUUGAGAAAAUCUCUAGCCACGCCUACGGCCUAGAGCUACCGGAAUCUCUGAAAAUCCACAACGUGUUCUAUGUGGGACUAUUAUCCAAGAGCCACAAAUCCCCAAGUCAGCCUUUUCCAGAAAGGCCCCCUCCUGAAACAAUAGAAGGGGAAGAAGAAUAUGAGGUCAAACAAAUCAUUGACUCUAAGCAACAAAAGGAAAAUGGACCAGAGGACAACUCAUGGGAACCUGAAGAACUGCUGGAACACAGCCAGGAAGAGAUCAAGCGUUUCAACCAAGCUAGACUCAGAAAGGCUCGUGACGCUGCCAAGAGCCUUUAA